GAAGUACAGUCGCGCGGGCCACAUUGAAAGCUUGUAACAUGCCGCCGAAGCGAACAGUCGCGCGCUAACUUUCAUGCGGAUUGUUUCGCCGCAUCGGGCUCUCUCUCUUUCUCUCAUGUGUAUCAUGAAUGCGAGAGACAAGAAGUAAUACAGAAUCGUUGCGCGUGUGGGCGUCAGUAAACCGCGGCGUUUGACGUGGAGCGGACACGCGACUAAAGUUAAACGGACAACAGACGGAACGUGUGAUCGUCGAGGUCUUCGUGAUCUCGGAAUAUAUAAUCCGUUAUAGCCAUUGAGUAUUUGGAACAGUGUCAAAAGCUACGACGCGCGAUUUCGAGGAAACGACGAGGUCCAUUUAUUAUCCGCGACGGUGACGGUGUGGAUAACGAUAGCGGAUCUCGUUCUUGGAUGACAGUAGUACGCGAUCGAGGAAGAGAAAGAUAAGGUAAAUAAAGUAGAAACAACGAAACGAACGUGGACCAAGACGAAAUUUCUACGCACGGACCUACAGGUGGUUGCGAGAGUCCUUCCAUCUGUGAUGUGCGAGUGAACAAUGGAAUCACCGGUUAUGUACGAUUCGGCGGCCCAUCAGGCCCAGGCCCAGGGUACGGCCGACCUGAAGAAGUCCCAGGUGCUCAAUAACAACACUAGCAAUCAGAAUAACAACAACGCCGCGACAAACAACAAUAAUAAUUCCGCUCUGCAGAUCAAUCAUAAUCAUAACCAUAACCAGCAGUUGAAUAGCGCGGUGGUGAGCAAAGUGGCCGCCAGUAAGGCGAGCUUGCAUCAGCAAUACGCCGAGCAUUGCGCCGCCGCUGGUGAACUCACCGAUCUUAACACCCCGGAGAUCUCGCUGGACCUCCAGCAUCUGAUCGAUGACAAUCACUUCAACGACGGCUUAUUAGACAUGCUCAGCGCCAGCAACGGGGUGAAGCACGUGAGACCGGGCAACUAUAACACGCGCACUACGCUCGCAUACAUGCCGCAGCCAGUGCACAGCGGCGCGAAUUAUCAUCAGGGCAGCUGUAGCGAUAGUAACAGUUCGAGCUCGGAAUCGCCUAGUAUCAAGGAAGAACCGUUGGAUCCGGCGGACUAUCGACGCCACUGUCCUCAAUAUCCGCCGGGUUACAACCCGGUGACGAACAAUCCGUUCGCCAAUGGCGGCCAGACAUUUACCACCCUAGCACCGUCCACGAUACCCGGCAAUCAUCCCGGCACGCCGAUUCACCAACCACCGCCACGGGGCGGCCCUAUGAAAGGACCGGUGAUAACUCAUCAGCAUCACGCCGCCGCCAACGUCGCCAGAAAGCAGACCAAGGCCAUCGACAAGGCGAGCGACGAGUAUAGACGACGGCGGGAGAGGAAUAACAUCGCCGUGAGGAAGAGCCGCGAGAAGGCGAAGGUACGAUCGCGCGAAACCGAAGAGAAGGUUAAGCUGCUGGUUAAAGACAACGAUCUGCUGAAGAAGCGGAUCGAACUCCUCACCGAGGAACUCAACGUCCUCAGGUCGCUCUUCGGCAACAGCAUGCUACCCGAGCAUCUGCACCGCGAAAUCACGAGGCAUCUCGACCAAUUCCAGCAGCACGCGGUUGGACCCAUGUAGCAGCAACGCGCGGACAUAGCCGCGCGAUGAUGACCGUAUGAAACGACGUCGUUUGACUCCGACGUCGACGUUUACUCGCGUCCCUGGCCUAUCAGGCUGCUCCGAUUGCGAGGCGAAGUCAGUCGCGUCUUCCGCCUUCCUCUCGCGUCUCCGCGCGUACACGCAUCGCGUAAAUCUCUCGUCCUCUCGCGCUCCCUGCCUCCCUCUCGCUCACUCGUUCCCUCUUUCUUCGUCUUCUUCUUCCUUCUCCGUCUUCUGCGUCGUAUCUUAUGUCUCGCUCGAUUCGGAGUGCGCGACGCGAGCGCACGUGCAUGCGGACGUCGUUGUCGCGAAGCCGCGAGCGUGGGAGGGAAAAGAGGGGAAUCUACGAGUCGCGUAGGAAGACAAUCGAGAACAACGAGUUACUCAACGCGAGCUUUGCAGCGACUUUGCAACUGGAGAACGCGAUCGGCACGAUGAUGAUGCGCGUGUUCGAAGACAAGUGCCUCUAUCCGUGGUCCUUCGCUCUCGAAAGAGUGCUAUUCGGGGACUAAAAGAAGACGAAGGGGUCGAUAACCGAAAAUAGAUGACAAAAUCAAUUGCGUGGACUGCAAAUGAUAACGUGCGAUCUCCCCUGAUAAAACCGAUCGAGAAUCGUGGAAAAUUGACGAAGGACGCGAAGAAAAAGGCUGUCCGAUCUUUUCUUUCUUUCUCUUGUUUAUUCUUCCUCCGUUACUUCCUUUUAACGUCUUGUACCGUUCUCAUCGUUCUUUUCUUCGCGCUUAUGGACUACAUAAGUAAGACUGUCGCUCUUAUCAAUCUAGAUAAUUUCGGAUUCCCCUUGACGCGGACGCGCAGAAUCGCAACACGGAGGUGAACUCUGCGAGACAUCGAACAAAUUAUGCCUCUCACCUUAAUUGUAUAUUAUAUACGUUUCGUACUACACAUACAUAUACACACAGACACGACGUCCGACACACCUUCAACGCGAAAGACACGUACACACGGCGUUGUAUUUAGAAUCCGAUUCUUAGAUAACGUUAAAUUAAUAAACGUAGACUAUAUUGCUCUUCAAUUACCACGUACCUAAAAAAAAAAGAGUCAUGUUGAAACACGACGAUUUUUAUCAAUGUGGCUCGAAUCGAUGUGUAUCAAUAA